UACAUGUUAAAAAGUUAAACUUGGAACCAUUUAGUUUGUUUAUAUUAAUUGCAUGUAAUUGUCCUUUUUAAGAUAUUUUGCAUUGUUAGCUUUUGUGCAUGUUCAGUUCUGUGGGUUGUUGGUUUUUUUUUAAUCAUGAUCCUUAAAGUCAUUGUCAACUAAUUUUAUUUUAAAUUGUUUAGAAAAAUAUAGCUCAUGGCCUGGUCCCUGCUGCUACCAUAGCUCCUAAACCUGCAGUUCCCCGCACCCCUCCCCCUCGUAGUCCAAACCCUUCUCCAGAAAGGCCCAGCAUCCCACAAAUAGGUGCUUCUGUCUACUUACUCUUGCCCUACUCUGCAACGUGCCAGCGUUUAUUAACAGCUUCAGUUACCAGUAAAAGGUUCAGAUUAGGGAAUAAUGGAAACUAGAAGGCAGAAUAACAGAAUAUGGAACACUGUUUCAACACAAUGCCAGCCUCGGCAGCGAUCACUUUCUGAAAGCGAUUCCAGCUAUGUGGAACAGGAAUGUUUCGAGCCAUAUGCUACAGCCACAGAGAUUGGAAUGGGGCCCAACUGGAAUUUUGAUGGUAGUGACAAAUCUCCCGUGCAGUCCCUGGAAAUAUCAGGCAAUUAUGGUGAGGAUGAGGACAUGGAUACUUAUCUUUCGGAUGCUGAGAAAGAGGUAGAGUCCAGCUGUCAGAGUAAUGAGAGAAGGGGAGAAAACGUUAGAACCAAUGCAAUUUAUGCUGUUUCCUGCAAGAAGAAAAAGGAAGAGUUUCCACCAUCUCCUAGUACAAAUGGUGAAAAGCAGGCAUCUUCUCAUGAAACUGAGUUUCAGGUGCUGGUGGAUGAGUCAAAUGUGCAAAUACAAGAACACCAACGUCUUGGCUUGAAUUUAAAGGAAGAAAAAUCAUUAGCUGAAAAUCUGAUAUGUGGAAAGCCUCCGCCAUCCCCAGAUUUGUCUAUACGGGCAAGACAAGCACAGGAAAAUAUGAGUAAAGAGAAAUUCAGAGAACUAAAACAAGAAAACUGGUCUUUGAACAAGGCAUACCAGGCUAUGGUUCAGCAAUUUCAGGGAACAAAACAGCAAAUGGAAGAACAGCAAUUAAAGCUGAAGAGACUAAAACAAGAAAACACAAGACUUAAAGAAGCUGCAGAGAAGUCACAUAGAGAAGAGGAGGCUACAGAAUUGCCUUAUCUCAGACAACAAGCGCAAGAGCUGAUAGAUGAAAAUGAUGCUUUGAAAAGGACGGUUCAUCGUUUAAAUGUAGAAUUAAGUCGCUAUCAAACUAAAUUCAGGCCAUUGGCCCAAGAAGAGCAUCUGAAACUGAAAAGCUUACCCAUGAAAGGGCCACCACCACCAUGGCUGGUAAGUAAAUUGGAUAUGAAGUAUUUGUCACCUCUCCUAUUGGCUUAUGAAGACAGAAUAAGAGAAAAGGAAGACUUGCAUCUAGAACAUGAGGCAAAUAUGAAGAAUUUUAAAGUUCAAGUUGAAAAGUUGGUGAAGGAGAAUGAAGACCUGCAUGAACAAUUAAAUAAAAAUAACUUUAUUACCCCUACAGAAUGGCAACAGCUGCAAACUCAAGCCAAGCUGGUUUUGGAAGAAAACGGACUGUUGAUGAAGCAGCUCAAAAUUCAACAAGCUAAAGCAAAAGAUACUCACAGACAACAUGUUCAAGAAGCUUCAAAAUUGACCAAACAGAUAAUGAUCUUGGAAGAUAAGAAACAGGGUCAAGAAAAAGAAAUAGCAGAGUACCGGAAGCAGCUGGAAGCUUUGCAUUCUACUUGUGAAGAGCUAAAAGCCAAGUUGAAUAGCAGAAUAGCAGAAGAGGAGCACUUUGCUUUGGUGAACGAUUUAAAAAGCCAUUUACAACAGGAGCAGGAGAAAAAGCAGUGUGAGGUGGAAGAUCUGAUGGGAAAGAUAGCAUCACUGCAAGCUCAGAACAAGAAACUGCUUUUAGAGAAAAACAACGUCAUGACUGACAACAAGAUCUUGGAAACUGAGAUGCAAAUGACACAAAAGACAAACAGACAAUUGAAGAAAAAAGUAGAUCUUUUGAAAGUGCACUUGGAGGAAGCAACAGAAAAAGAAGCUGCAGCUCAUCUAUAUCUAACAAACCUUAUUGGUUUGGUGGAGAAGAUAACUCAGGAACGUGAUCAUCUUAUUUUUUUGGUCAAAUGUUUGGAAAAAGAGAAUCAUGGUGUUCUCAACAAAAUAGUACAAGGGAGUCUACGCUUGGGAAGAUUGGAAGAAAAAGUUAAGGUAUAUAAAAAGAAAGCAACUGGGAAGCUUGGAGAUAUCAGUCUUAAGAUGAUUGAACAGGAGAAAGAAUUUGCUGGGAAGACUGCUUGGUACCAGCAUGAAGUGAAGCAGCUUCAGCGUCUGCUGCAAGACAAGCAGGAAACCCUGGAUGAAGUGCUGCAGCAGAAAAGGAAAACUGAAGGGGAACUUGAAAUCAUUUGGGAAUCCACAUCCAAAGAAAACAGGAGAAUGCGAGAACUCUUAUAUAAAUCCCAGGGAAAGAACAACGUGUGGAGCACUGCCAUAGCUCACGAGCCACAUUUAGAUGAAAGCUCUCAGAAGGACCUACUAUAUGGACAUGAUUUUAGCUAUUGUGAUGUGAAACUUUCAUCCACUACUAAAAGUGAAAUUGAGCAAGAAUUUCAGUGAUAAGAGCAAAGAUGCAUUAUGCAUCUCAGCCAAGAAACAGAACACGGUGCUUGAAGCUGACUUUCAGCAACACAAGAUGUAAUGGAAGAUCUGCCCUCUUCAAAAUGAUUGUAUUUUCAACGUCAUCGGAAUAAAAACCUAGUAUUAUUACCCAGCUGUA